AUCCGCAGAAACACACACGGAAGCACGGUAGCACCGCUUCCAAGGACGGCAAGAAAGAGAGAGAGGAUUGGAAGUAGCAACGAACAAAGUCUGUGAGGCGGUGUCUGGGCUUUCAGCCUCGCCCGCCCAUCAAAACGAUACAGACGCGAUACGCCUCGCCUCGUCCAGACGCGUCGUCUGCUAAUCCGAGUGCAGCCGGCUAUGCUUGGGGCAUCGGGUAUGGCCGCCGUGGGACCGGUGUUCUUCGCUCUAGUCCUGUUCCUUGGUUCUGCGACCGAUGGCGGCGAAGGACUAUCUUUCUUUCCCGUUCCUGACGCGGAAAAGGAAGCGAAGUCGAGCUUCUGGUUCGACCAGGGCAUGUCCGAUAUCGAGGCUCGCCUCAAGCUCCAGCACGGCACCGGCCUGGCGAAGCGGGUGGUCAUCUUCCUGGGGGACGGCAUGGGGCUGUCCACGGUGACCGCGGCCCGCAUCUACAAGGGACAGAAGCAGCGCAAGGCCAGCGGCGAGGAGAGCGUCCUGUCCUGGGACGCCUUCCCGCACGUGUCCCUGUCCAGGACGUACGGGCUGAACGUGCAGACGUCGGACUCUGCCAACACUGCCACGGCCUACCUGUGCGGGGUCAAGGCCAACUACGAGACGCUGGGCGUAGACUCCAGAAUACGGAGCGGAGACUGCCACAGCGACCCGAGCACGCACCUGCCGAGCAUCAUGCAGUGGGCCCAGGCGGCUGGCCUGUGGACGGGCGUGGUGACCACCACCCGGAUCACGGACGCCACCCCGGCGGCCAGUUACGCCCACGCAGGCUACCGCAAGUGGCAGUCGUCCGUGCCCGACGGCUGCGCCGCCAAGGACAUCGCCUACCAGCUCGUCCACAAUACGCCGGGCUCACAGUUCAAGGUUAUCCUGGGCGGCGGUCGGGGCAUGUUCCUGGACAAGUCCAUGAAAGACGAAGAGGGUCAACCCGGGGAUCGAGCCGACGGCCUCAACCUCAUCCAGAGCUGGAAGGACUCCAAGAAGGACUCGACCAACGCCAGCUUCGUUUGGACACGACAGCAGCUACUCGCUGUCAAACCCGAGAGGACCGGGUACCUGCUCGGUCUCUUCGACAAGGACCACCUGCCGUACGUGCCGGAGAGGAGUGACCCGGACACAACCAAGCCCACCCUCCCCGAGAUGACGAAGGUGGCGCUGGACAUUCUGCUGAGAUCUCCGUCCGGGUUCGUUCUUCUCGUCGAAGGAGGUCGCAUCGACCAUGGCCACCAUGUGACUCGUGCUGGGUUGGCGAUGGAGGAAGCGCUCGAGUUUGACCGCGCAGUGGAGGACACUGUGCGGCGACUGGGCUCCGAGGACUCGCUGAUCGUGGUCACCGCCGAUCACUCGCACACCUUCACCAUGGGAGGAUAUCCCAAGCGGGGCAACAACAUUCUGGGCAUAGCAGGCUACUCGGACGUGGACCAGCUGCCGUUCACAUCCCUCGCGUACGGCAAUGGCCCGAAUAGCAGGAAGGAGCGGACGAACUUCACAGAAGACGAAACCACAUCGAUGUCCUACGUCCAGCACGCGGCUUUUCCGGCUUGGUUGGAGACGCACGCCGGCGAGGACGUGGCCGUGUACGCGACGGGCCCCUGGGCACACCUCUUCUCCGGCGUGCACGACCAGACGUACAUUCCGCACGUGCUUGCCUACGCGGCCUGCAUAGGGCAGUUUGCCGGAGACGGCUGCCACGCGCGCCGUGCACCGACGAGAUGACGGCCAGUGCCUGCGUGAGGGGUGUGUGGACUGAAGCACGGGGGAAGGAGAGAGAUGUGCCCGAACAAGGUUGUUGUUCGAAAGGU